AUGGAGCUGGACACAGAGACAAAACAGAACACGACGCGUAUCCAACACUCACUUGGCAGCAUCCUGCAAUCUCUGAGGAUAUUUGAGAACAGUGUGCAUCAGUUCUCCCGAGUUAAUAAUGAUCUGAUCAAGAUCAACGGAACAUUCGGACAGUUUGUUCAAGGAAUGGCACUCACUGGUGAAAUCACAAGCUAUCCGAAGGGUCCGAGUUAUCAGUUAGAACUGAUGCGUCAACAAGAGGUGCAACGGCAGAAGGCCUUAGAGGCAGAACAAAUCGCUCAGCGCGCACGCGACAUGGAGAAGGCUGCGGAGAGAGAGAGACACGCACAGAAGACUGGCAAGGACACCCGCAAUAGACGCACAGGCAGCCAGAUACGCGCCCCCGCGGCGUCACCCUGUGGUGCUCCAGCCACGAAAAAGAGCCGAAGUAAUACGCCUGGCCACGCGAAAACAAAGGCUCGAACUCAAUCCGUUGCCCAGCGACAACGUGCAACGCAUCACACGAAACGCGUUACUCAGAUUGUCAACUGCUGUCCCUCCAAGUACCAAGCAAUACCACAUGUCGACUACAUAAAGAAAAUCGCCGGGCUGCUGAGCGAAACCCCUGAUGGCUUGACCCAACCCGAGAUCAUCGAACACACAGGCAUCCCCCGCACCAAUUGCAUUGAGUAUAUGAGCAUGUUGCUCCGUCUCGGGGAGGUCACUCGCGACAACAAUAAGAAGGGGUACCGGUACAGGCUGCAUCCGAAGCAUUUCGACAGGUAAUUGAGGCUCCUUCCUUCCCGCUCAGCAUUGUUGGUGGCUUCUGAGACUCAAGGUGGCCAUACGGGAACUUGUGAGAUGGACGGAGGUGGCUUAGUACCAUCAGUAUAUACGAAUACAAUGUACAUCUUAGUACCAUCAAUAUAUACUAUUCCAAUGCACAUCUUAGUACAUUCAAUGUAUACCUAUUUCAGUCUACAUCCUAGUACAUUCAAUGUAUACUAUUUCAGUCUACAUCCUA